AAAACCAGCCAUUUCCAGGAACAGAAACUGAAAGCUGCUCUGGAAGCAGGUUCCUCCCUCUGGGGAGGCAGGCAGGGCUCCUGCCUACAAAUGAGGAGUGGAGCCCGGUCCAGAGUGGAGCAGAGUACAGAGUGGAGCCGCUUCCAGAGUGGACCAAGGUCCAGAGUGGAGCAGGGUCUGAGAGGAGCAGAGUACAGUGUGGAGCAGAGUACAAAGUGGAGCAGGGUCUGAGAGGAAGCCCAGGAGCUCAGGCUUCCCUUCAGCUGCUCCCCUCCUCUAUCGCUCUUCCCAGGAGGACCCCAGCCCUCCACUGCUCGACUGUCUCCUCCUGAACAUCCUGGGCCUGGAUUCCAGUUUUACAAGGCUUCUGAGCAGUUCCGGACCCCAAUCCGUGAUGGCAAUGUCUCCAUCCAAGGUUGCUCCAUUGCUCACCAACAUGGAAGAGACAGUUGGGUCUGUCGAAAAUAAAGAAUUUACAUGCUUCUCCGAUGCUAUACCCAUUCACAAAAACAGCAGUAUUUUAUCUGUAGAAGUGGUCAAGAAUAUUGAGGCUGCUGUGAAAGAUGGAAAGUUGGGAGAAGUGGUCUCCAUAGUCAAAGAUAUCAAUCAGGAAGUAUCAAGAAGCACAGUGAAAAUUGCCGUGACUGGGGACUCUGGCAAUGGCAUGUCAUCCUUCAUCAAUGCCCUUAGGCUCACUGGACAUAAAGAGGAGGAUUCAGCUCCCACUGAGGUGGUGAGGACCACCCAGAAGCCAACCUGUUACUUCUCCUCCAGCUUUCCCAAUGUGGACCUGUGGGACCUGCCUGGCACAGGGGUCACAGCCCAGAGCAUGGAGAACUACCUGGAGGAGAUGGAGUUUGACAAAUAUGACCUUAUCAUCAUCAUCGCUUCUGAGCAGUUCAGUUCAAACCAUGUGAGGCUGGCCAAAGCCAUGCAGAGGUUGAGAAAGAGGUUCUAUGUCGUCUGGACAAAGCUGGACAGGGACCUCGGUACAAGUGCCCACUCAGAACCCCAGCUACUGCGGAGUAUCCAGGAGAGUAUUCAGGAGAACCUCCAGAAGGAGGGGGUUAAGGUGCCACCCAUAUUUCUCGUAUCCAGCAUUGAUCCUUCAUCACAUGACUUCCUGAAGCUCAGAGACACACUGAAAAAAGACAUCUCCAGCAUCAGACAUGAUGGUCUCUUAGGAACCCUUUUCCAAAUCUGCGAGAAGACUAUUAAUGAGAAAGUAGAAUCCAUUAGUAGGAGCAUAGAUGAGGAUAAUCUAAAAGGUUUUGGAAUCUCAAAUCCAGAUAAUCUGGGAGAAUGUCAGAAGGUCUUCCAAGAAAUGUUUGGUGUGGAUGAGAGAUCUCUCCACCAGGUGGCUCUGAAUAUGAGCCAGCCUGAUGCUUGUUCCAGGGAUGCCAAGCCAUCCCAGGUUACACAGAGAGACCAACAAGAUGGCUGGACAGUGUCUGAGCUGUGUCGUUCCGGAACUCAAUAUGUGUUUACAAGUGUUUACUCCUUCACUUGCUGUUUUGACUCUCGCCGUCUUAGAUGCUUUCAACUGAAACAUGCACUUGAUGAAGAUGCUAAGCAAACCAAGAAAAUUCUGUGGAAAAUCCUGAGAGUCCAUUAUCCUUCCUCAGAAGGGCUAGACAACUGAGGUCCUCUCCCCAGCUCUGUCUACCCGAAGUUGAGCUUACCUGAGCUAUGGAUUCCAAGUUCCUUGAGGUUAAUGGUCCACCUUCCUUGAUGUGUGUACCCCUCAGGAAACUCCAUAAUGGAUUUUGCUUUGUACCUUUUGUUUAAUUUUAUUAGCUGAACUAUCUGGGAUCCCAAUAUAGAAGAAAUUUCCUUAUUUUGACUGUACAGAAUCUCACGUUUGACACACAGUUAUCUUUGCACCUCUGAUAGAUAUUGUUUCUCUAAGAGGCCUCCUGGUUUUCCCAUCUCUCUUUCCCCUCUCUUCUUCUUCCCUGUCUUGGGUGGCAGUGCAUCCCUGGGGGAAUGAAGAAGAGCUUGCUUUUGUCCAAGGUCUGAAAGCAUGGCUGGUAGAGGCCUGGUCUCUGACCUCUCCUCUGAUGUGUAAAGAGAGGGGAAUGAACUCUGCACCACUGGAAAUGGGAUUCACCAAGUGCUGAAAGGAAGAAUUCUAAGUACCCAACACUGCCUCCAAUGGCGUCAUGUCUAGUCAUGGCCCCUCCCACUCUGUGCAUUCCCAGUCCCCUAUUGGAUCUGAACUUCUUCAGCCACCCCUAACUCUACAGGCCAGACACGCGGACCCUCCUCUCUUCCACAUGGAGCUUUCCCAUUUCCCUCAGUUUGUGUGUGUGUGUGUGUGUGUGUGUGUGUGUGUGUGUGUGUGUGUGUGUGUGUGUGUCUUUAUCUAAGACAGAGGCUGCCUGGCAUUCUGUCACCUCUCUUUCCGUCAGGCCAUCCUUUAACUGUCUCAGCCCUGUGCCCUCCACUUCUUUCAGGACACUAAUUACUCCCCCACUUCCCACCAUUACAGUGUCACAUCCCAGCACACCUGCUUUCAUGUCAGUUGUUCCAGGAAGGGUAUGUUGGCCUCGUAGUUUGACAGUCCAGCCAUCGUUGCUGAAAGUCAUCACAGCAGGAGCACAGGGCAGCUGGCCACAUUGUGUCCACAGUCAGGAAGCAGAGAGAGAAAGAUGGAUACCGUUCCUUGGCACACUCUUCCUUUCUUUCAGCCCAAGACCCCAGCCCAUAGAACGAUUCCAUCCACGUUCAGAGUGGAUCUUCCAACCGCACUGAACCAAGUUGAGAAACUCCCUCAUAAAUGUGCCCAAAGGCCUGUUUGCAUUCUAGAUCGUGCCAAAUUGACAUUCAGUAUUAACAGGAAAGGUACUGUGAUAGCAGAGGGGUGUAUUGGAGUUUUAUUGAUUAAUAGUGUGAAGAAGAUUGGGUGUGGCUCAGUAGUCCAGUGCUUGCCUAGCACACAGGAGGCUAUGGUUUUGAGACCCAGAAAGAAAGAAACAAAACCUGUUUUGAGACAGGAAGACAGUGCCAAUUGUAUUUGUUGAGAAAAAUGCAUCAACUGUAUCAUCUUGCUGGCACAACUUUGUGAAAGAGCAUCAUGUAAAUGUAAAAGGUAGGUCUACUUUAUAUGCUGGGUAAGGAUGGGAUGGACUAAGACCUGUCAGUGGUGGUGGGAUUGGGGUUGAGGGGAUAAAGCUCUGGCUAGCCUCACUUUCCACCUGCUCAAAUCUGUUCGUGUAAAUCGAUAGACUCCCAGGAAAGGUCUGCAAAGAAGUCAGAGAAGUUUUGUUUGUCAUCCUCAUGAUGCUCAGAAAUAAUUUCUGAUGCCGAGUUUAUAGCGUGGAUUUCGCUGCAGUGUGCUCAGUGUUAAAGUGAGGGGGCUUGCUCUUUGAAAGUUGUGGGUGUUACUGCUGAGGUUGUGUGUGUUUGUCAUGGGGAAUCUAACCUGGCCCCAGUACUGAGGAAACUGACAUGCUGACUGUGAUUUCACUCUUAGCCCGCUGCAAAAGCAGGGUGUAAAUUCUCUCUAUGUCUUAGAACAUAUGUGUAGAUUUUCUUUUUGCUAGUUGUAUAUACAGACCUAUUUAUGUACAGAUACAGAAAUAUAUGUACACAUUAUAAAUUCAUCACACACAUGUAUGAUGUAUGGCAUGUAACAUACAUGGUGUUAAUCCUUAUCAUAAAUAACUAAUAAGAGUAUACAAUAUAAAUAUGUGUUGGUUUUUGUUCUUUUUUAUUUUUGAUAACUUCCCAUGAGUCCUGUAUCUAUAUCACUCCCACUCCUUCCUUCCUCCACAUACUCCUCCUGAGCUCCCAAAUGUAUCUUUUGGAGGGUGACUGAGACAGAGUUUCUCUGUUUAACAGCCCUGGCUGUCCUGGAACUCACUUUGUAGACCAGGCUGGCCUCCUACUCACAGAGAUCCACCUGCCUCUGCCUCCUGAGUGC